UGACCGCUGGCGGGCGACGGCUGAUGACGCCCGAGCCCGCGCUCGCAGUUUCAGCGACUGGGGAAGGGAGUUGAGGAAGGAGUUGGGGUUCGGGUGUGGGCAGUCCGGGUGCAGCGAGACCGAGCUGGGUCGGGCGUCCAGGUAAUAAUUUCAAGAUGCCCGGACGUUCCAGUUCAAGUUCAGGUUCAACUGGUUUUAUAUCCUUCAGUGGUAUAGAAUCUGCUCUCUCCUCUUUGAAAAACUUCCAAUCCUGUAUCAGCUCUGGAAUGGAUACAGCUUCUAGUGUUGCCUUGGAUCUAGUGGAAACUCAGACUGAAGUGAGUAGUGAAUACAGUAUGGACAAGGCAAUGGUCGAAUUGGCCAUGAUGGAUCGGGAACUAAGCCAUUACGUAAAGGCUGUUCAGUCUGCAAUAAGUCAUGUAAAAGAAGAACGUCCAGAACAAAUACCAGAUCUUAAAUUAUUAGUGGAGAAGAAAUUUUUGGCUUUACAGAAUAAGAAUUGUGAUGCAGACUUUCAAAAUAAUGCAAAAUUUGUACAGUUUAAACAGCAGCUGAAAGAACUAAAGAAGCAAUCAGCAAAACCUAAAGAAGAUGGAGGACACAAUGAGGUCGACAAGAUUAAGGAUAAGGAUGCAAGUAGAGCAGGCAAUGAACGAGAUGGUCUUCAAGCCGACAGAGAGGCCGAUGGAAUAGAAGGAGUUGAUGAAGACAUGAUUGUGACCCAAAGUCAGACCAACUUCAUCUGCCCCAUUACUCAGGUGGAAAUGAAGAAGCCGGUGAAAAAUAAAGUGUGCGGACACACCUAUGAAGAGGAAGCCAUUGUGCGCAUGAUUGAGUCCAAACACAGGCGGAAGAAAAAGGCCUGUUGCCCCAAAAUUGGCUGUAGCCACACAGAUGUGAGAAUGUCUGAUCUCAUCCAGGAUGAAGCACUCAGAAGGGCUAUUGAGAGCCAUAACAAGAAGAAGAAUCGCCCAUCCGAGUAGGAGAAACUCACCUCCCUGCAGGGAUGUCCGCAGCCUACCUCCUACCCCAGCCAUCUGGAGAGAGCAGUGCUCCUCAGAGCACCUUGCCAGGCUGCAUAGCAUACUUUGUUGGGGUAAAACUUGAAGGUUUUAAGUGUAAUUGGAAGCCUUUUUCUAUGUCACAGCAAAAAUCCAAGCAUAUUAUAUUGUUUAUUUUUGAGUGGUCUAUAAUUUUAAAUAAAACUUUGAUUAUC